GUUGUUGGAUUGGCAGCAAAACAAAGUAGAAUAAGAAAUAUUUCAAAUACAGUAAUGAAAGUAAAGCAGAUCCUUGGCAGAAGCCAGAAAUGCGGUCCUUGGACCUGGCUUCUCAGCAAUUAGCCCUGAGAGGGAAGAAUCGGCUGGCUCCUGGAGAUAGACCGGAGCACACAGAGCUCCCCCACCUUCAGAUCGGCACCUUGCUGCCCAGGAGCCUCCUCCAGCUAGCCUUCUCCCAGUCCGCUAUGGCCACUUCCGGAAGCAGUGCGGGCAUCCGGUGGUCCAGACAGGAGACCCGAACGCUUCUCUCCAUACUAGGCGAGGCUGAGUAUAUUCAGCGCCUCCAGACCGUGCAUCACAAUGCAGACGUCUAUCAGGCUGUGUCUAAGCGGAUGCAGCAGGAAGGCUUCCGUCGCACCGAGCGUCAGUGCCGCUCCAAGUUUAAAGUCCUGAAGGCAUUAUAUUUAAAGGCUUAUGUGGCCCAUGCCACAAGUAUGGGUGAUCCACCACACUGUCCGUUUUAUGAUACGUUGGAUCAGCUUCUCCGAAAUCAGAUAGUGACUGACCCAGACCCAGACAACUUAAUGGAGGAGGCUGCUUGGCCCAAACACUGUGAUCAGAACUUAACAGCCUCUGACACCCCAGGACAAGAGGGAACCAGCAUUCUGGGAGCAAAACGGACUCAGGCAGCAGAUCAUUCACCUGCCUUGCAAACAGUUAAGGAAUCAGAUGAGGAUUGUCAACUGAGAAACAGUGACCAGAUGCAAGAAGCCAGUGACCUUGAGGACUCCUGGGAUGAAUCCUCGGGUGCAGGGUGCUCUCAAGGGACCCCCAGCUACAGCAGCUCCCACCACCUUUUCAGAGGUGCAGUUGCUCCCUGUCAGAGCAGCCCCAUGACCAGACUGGGUGUGUCCGGUGAGCCCAGUCCCUGCACCAGCACCGGCCGAAACACUCCUGGGGUGGCCUCUGCACCGCAACCUCCAGUCUCCUCCAGAGUUCCUUUUGUUUCUGGAGGGAACAGGCCUUUGAACAGUGAGCCCCCUCCCAGGUGGGCAAGGCGCAGAAGGCGGUCAGUGGCCAGGACUAUCGCAGCCGAAUUGGCAGAAAACAGGAGGUUGGCACGCGAACUCUCAAAGCGGGAGGAAGAGAAAUUGGACAGGCUGAUUGCCAUUGGCGAGGUGGCCAGUGCUCAGCAGGACAUUGCCAACGAGCUCCGCAGGGAUGCCGUGGUCGCGGUCAGACGCUUGGCCACAGCAGUGGAAGAGGCAACUGGUGCUUUUCAGCUCGGGCUUGAAAAGUUGCUUCAGAGGUUAAUUUCAAAUACCAAAAGUUAGGAACUGAUCCCACAAGGGUGUGUUGCCUGGACUGGCAGAGGCCCGGGCCUCCUGGUGCCCUGGCUCCUUGUUUGUGUCCCUGGAAAAAGAAGUGGAUGGGCCAUUCAUAUGCAGAGUGAUAGGAAUUUACGUGCUAGCUGCUUCUCCCAAGCAUCUCCACUAGUUGAAAGACCUUUCAGAAAUGGGAGUGUUGGCCUGGUGGAAAACGGAGCCGAGUCCAGAGAGCUAGUUCGCCCUCGCUUUGUCACUGAUGUAAGACAGUCCAGUUCACCUCUACACCAGUUUCCUCAGCUGAAUGGGGGCAACCUGCCUACCUCACAGGGUUGUUGUGAGGACCACAUGGUUAACAGAUGUGAAAAGGUUUAAAAGUUUAAAAGCACUAUACUCAUGUAAGUUAUUAGCGCAUCUGACCUUGGCCAAGGAAAGGCCAGGGUGAGGCACAGUAGUUGACAGUAUAGGAUUAGGGUUGUGUAUCAUGACCUCAUUGCUUGAAUCUUGACUAGUUUAACUUGACUGCUUCCUGGAGUUCACAGUCUUCAUUUGUUUAAGGCCCUCUGUAGCUUACUAGGCAUAGACACAACACGUGUUGGUGCCUCUGUCCCUUAGUUUACAGUGCUGUGUCCGUAACAUACACACUCAGUAGUCAGUCCAUCUUUCCCUCUGUUUUACUAGCUCUUAGUCUCUUAUCACUGUAAGGAUAUAAGUCAGUAACUGGCAGGGAUCCACACGCGUGCGUCAUGGUUCACAUUGAUGAUCUUUGAUGUAAUGAGAAACUGGCUGUCUUAUAAAACAUUCCAUGUAAGUAAAUUCUUUGCAUUCCA